GCCACGCGAAGUCUAAGCACCCUGUAGUGGGAGUGAGGUGUACCGCCGGGAAUUGGAACACUGCAUCAGAACGGCUCGAUACAGAACACAGCCACGUCCUCCUGUCGCCUUAGAAACAACUGACAACAAAGGCGAGCCACGCUCGAGGGGCAGGCGCGCGAGGACAGACCUCGAGACGCCUGGCAGCGUAAAGACGCCGAAUCGCGCUGGACCGAACUGCUGUCGUCCGUAUGGACUUUGCACGGAUGGAGAGCAGCCCACCCUUUCACUACACGCUCCGGGCUUCCGGGCAGAGUGAGGUUUGGCGCGAUCUCACCGACGAAGCCAAGUUCCGUCAGUACGGGUGGCGCUGCUCCACCAACGAGGACGCUUACUCCACCGCCACCCUCCUCGGAAACUGGGCAGAGAAGAGGGUCGACACUCGUCGUGCCAGAGAACUCCGGCGCCCUCUGCCGUCGCAGUUCUCUCACUACUUUGAGACGACAUACUCCUCUGCCUACUACAAGGAAGACAAGCGGCCCGUUUACAGCACUGUGAAGAGGGAGCCCAGAAGCUUCCCUGGUCAUCAGCCUGAACUGGACCCUCCCCACACCAAGAGGGUGCCAAACUCCUGCUAUAGACUGGACUUCAGCUGGCAUGGGCUGGACAGCAGCUCAGCCGCACCCCCUUCAGAGCUCCCGCUGAAGGAAGAAGGAGCUUGUGACUUCUCUAACACACAUUAAACAGCUACGAGGUUGGGUGCAUUUUCUGCUUUUAACAAUCCGAGUAAUCCCAAACACUUUCAGUAAGGUCUG